AUGAGUGAAUCAACCUCUGAAAAAUCUUCAAAAUCAGGUAGACCAAAAAAUGACAUUUGGAAGCACUUCAAAGAGGCUGAUAAACUCAAUGGACAUUACAGCACAAAGUGUAUUUAUUGUAAUUGGAAAAGGCAAUGUGGAAAACCUGCAGAAAUGAUAGAUCAUUUAAUCAAUACUUGUCCAAAUGUUCCACAUAAUAUAAAACAUGGUUUUCACCAACAACAACAAUGUAAUGAAAUUGUAACAAAGAAAAGGACACAUGAUGGAUUACAAACUUAUAUCAAUGAACAUUUUCAAAACUUUGCAAAAACAUUGUGCCCAGGAUAUAAUCCACCUUCAAGGACAACUUUAUCAACUACUUUAUUGAACCAAGAGGCAGGUGAAGUUAUGAUCAGUACUGAAGACCAAUUAAGAUAUUCGAAAAACCCUUCAUUGUGUUUUGAUGGUUGGAUAUCACCAUUAGGAAAUUCCUUUUAUGCAUUUGUAAUUGUCACUGAGUCAAGAUCUGAAAUUUUUUACUCUCUAAAAGAUUAUUCCUCAGAAAAACACACAGCAGAAUUUUUAUCAAAUGAGAUCAAAUGUAUUUUAGAAAAGGUUGGUGUGAACAAAUUUGCAUCUAUAAUUUUGGACUCUGCUGCUACAAUGGUUGCUGCAAAAAGACUUGUUAAUCAGACAUAUCCUAGUUCCAUGUUAAGGCAAGAAAUUAAUGAUCGUUUAAUUAUAGGAGGUAACUUACAAGGUUAUGUAAAAACACGAUGGGUAACUGCAUAUGAUUGUACAGCAUCUAUUUUACAAUUAGAAACUUGUUUAAAGAAUGUUCUCAUAAAUGAUACAGAAUGCUUGUCAUCAGAACCAAUAAAAAAUGCAAUAAAAUGUUUAGAAUUUAAAUCAACAGCGCUUGCUGACUGUUUUAUACAAUUGAUAAAAUUAAAUAUGGCUAUAAAAGACAUGUCAGAAGAAAUAAAUCAACAGUUUCGUAAUGAUGCAAUUGAAAUAUUUAAUAAAAGAUGGCGUCAGUUUGACUUUGAUCUUUAUAUCCUUGCAUAUUUUUUACAUCCCAAAUAUAGAGGUGUAG